AUGACCCCUCACACAUUCAUCUCCAUCCCCUUAAAAUUACUCCACCUCCUCACCGGCCUCCUCCUCUACAUGUCCACCCUCCCUAUCCUCCUAACCUGGCGUUUAUCCCUCGCCCUCCUCCACCCCUUCCCCCUCUACACCCGCGCACUUUCGCACUACCAACACCACCGCGCCGCUCUACACACCCUCCCCAUCCUGCAACCAAUCAUAAAACACCGUAUCGGCAUUACAUGCACCGCCCUCCUCCUGACCCAAGCCACUCUCGCCGUAGCACUCGUCGAGAAAUCCCUGAUGCAUUUUUCACCCUGGUUCAGUGCGCACGCUCGGAAAACAGAGUACAAGCUUGAGCAUGAUAGGGAGUGGCGGAGUGAAAUUUUUUUAUAUGUAUCGGGCUUUUUGCUUAUUUGUUCACCGUUUUGUGGUACGCUGGGGGUGGGAGUGGGGGUGCUGUGGUAUAUGAGGGAGAUAUGGAUGUAUUGGGGGUUUGAUGGGGAAGAGGUGGAUGGGCAGUUUGAGGAGAAAGAGGAGGUUAGGCUGGGGGUGAAGAGUGGGGAGGGAGAUGGGUUCGGUGUUAUGGAGGAUCCAGUUUUACCACUGGAGAUUUCACGAUGUGGUGAGCUUGUUGUGUCGAAGGACCUAGGGGAUGUGCAGGAUUGGAAAGAGGUGGAUAUUUCGGUUCCUUUGCCAGUCAUGGUUCCGGCAUCACAAGAGAGGUUCAAGAGAAAUCCAUACACGCUGGCUGGUGUGAUGGCUAUUUGGGGUUGGGGGAGCGAUAGAGCAAGUAGGGGGUAUGAUGGGCGAAAUGUGCGGAGAAGGAAUUUUGAAGAGGAUAUCGAGAUGGACGAAGGAUCAGAGAGAACAUGA